CUGGAUAACUGAGUGGCGCGCGGGGUCUCAGUCGCGACGCGUUCGUCACGCGGUGAACAUCGUGUCUGUUACGUCUGUUCCGCGUUUCUUUCCGAUUCACGUUUUACGGAAUAUCGCGCGUGACGUUUCUCUCUUUAGAAAAAAAAGAAAAAUAAAAGUGUACGAAAAUAAAACAGCAUUUAUUUUUUGUUGGUGUUUUUUUGAUAAUAGAGUGAACUUCUUAUGGAGCAGAUUUUAAUUUUGUGAGGUUUUAGUGUUUUGUUUUGUUUUUUUUUUUUUUGGGGAAAACAGUAUAGAAAACUAGUUCUCUUUGGGGGAUGUAUAUAUGAGUGUAUUAUGUUGACAUGUGUUUCCACGUGACAACCAUGAGGGUAUGAAUUGUGAAAUUAUUGUGUUUAAUGGACGGACUUUUGUGGAAAGCAUGGCUCUCACGUCUGCCGGCUUGACAUUAUAAGUGUGUGUUUGUGUGAAUGUGUGUGUAAUUUUUUUCGUGAGAGUGUAUUUAUUGGAAUAAUUUGAGAAAACUGAAAAAACACCCGCAUGUGUUGCCCCCAUUUAUAUGUUCCAGAUGACUGAUCGAGAGUGAUUUAAACUUUUUUACUAUUGUUUGGAUAUUCACACGAUAACACGUGUGCGAAGAAGAAAAGCUGGAGGACUUUAAUAUAUUUGGUGAUAGUCAAAUAUCGGCUAAAAUGGCACAACAGAGUGGCGCUGAUUCACCCCAGCAAUUUUGUUUAAGAUGGAAUAAUUAUCAGACAAAUUUAACAAAUGUUUUUGAUCAAUUACUGCAAAGUGAGAGUUUUGUUGAUGUGACAUUAGCGUGCGAUGGACAUUCAGUAAAGGCACACAAAAUGGUCCUCUCAGCAUGCAGUCCAUACUUCCAGGCAUUAUUCUUUGAUAAUCCAUGUCAGCAUCCAAUUGUCAUAAUGAAGGAUAUAAAAUGGCCUGAAUUAAAGGCAGCCGUUGAAUUUAUGUACAAGGGUGAAAUAAAUGUAUCACAAGAACAAAUUGGACCAUUGCUCAAGGUCGCUGAGAGUCUUAAAAUUCGAGGAUUAGCUGAUGUUAAUAAUGAACAGGAAUUAAUAACAAGACCAACAUUGGAGGAUGCAGCGUUAAAUAUGUUGCAUCGAAAGAAACGUCGUAGAGGUUCUGGUGAAAGAUCACCAUCAUCUGGCAAUAGUCCGGAUCAAAAUAGUUCAGAGGAUCAUGAUCCCGGCAGUAUAAUAUCGGCUGAGGUCCAUGGCCUUGGCUCAUCAUCAACGCCAAGAUCACUUGGUUCGCCUAAUGCUCCAACAAUAUCGGUGACACCUCAAAUUAAUUUACAUGAGCUUCCGGUAUCAUUGUCAUUGCCACCACCACCGCCACCAUCAGCGAGCAGUCAAAGCUCUCACCCUGGCGUCGGUCACCACGUGCUUGGCCACGUGACUUCCGGUCCGCACGUGUCUGUGAAUCAUCUCAGCUCUCACGCCGCUCAGCAGCUGUCAAUUCAACAAGCACAGCACGCGCAACAGCAGGCGCAACAAGCACAACAACAAGCGCAACAACAACAACAACAGAGCAUUAUUAAUCAAACACUUGGACCAACGGAUGACCUCGAGAUCAAACCGGGCAUAGCGGAGAUGAUUCGUGAGGAGGAAAGGGCCAAGUUGUUGGAAUCGUCCCACGCUUGGCUCGGUGCCUCCACCUCCAGUAUAGCAGACAGCUACCAGUACCAGCUGCAGUCCAUGUGGCAAAAGUGUUGGAACACCAAUCAGAGUCUGGUACACAACCUUCGCUUCCGAGAACGCGGACCUCUCAAGUCCUGGAGGCCAGAAACUAUGGCGGAGGCGAUCUUCAGUGUUCUCAAAGAGGGACUGUCCCUUAGUCAAGCUGCCAGAAAAUAUGACAUCCCAUAUCCCACUUUUGUUUUAUACGCAAAUCGAGUGCACAAUAUGCUUGGGCCUAGUGCCGACGGUGGGGCUGAUCUUCGACCAAAAGGAAGGGGAAGGCCGCAGAGGAUUUUAUUGGGAGUUUGGCCCGACGAACAUAUUCGAGGAGUGAUUCGAACUGUUGUUUUUCGCGAUGGACAUUCGCCACAUAUGAUUAAAGACGAGGCAGCGUCGUUGUAUCCAAGUUUGGCAAAUUACGCUGCCUGCAAUGGACCGGAAGGUGCUGUUAGUCCUGGCGCAGCUGCAGCAGCUGCAGUUGCAGCAGUCGCACAAGGCCUAAGGCAUCAGAUGUGCAGUAUGGUAGCAGCGGCGCAUUCUCAACACGAUCUACUUGCGACGAAUCUCUCGACAAAUCUCUCGUCGAAUCUCCAAGCGGCAAUGCAUCAGGCGAGUCUACAUCAUCACAAUAAUAAUAACAGUCUUCUCGGUGGCAAUAGUAACAAUAACAAUGGGAAUUCACCACUAAAUCUUGGAUUAGCGAGUCCAGGCUCCGGUGGACCACCCGAAAGUCCAUUGGAAAGUCCAUUGGCAAGUCCACUUGGUCCAUUAAUGGAUCCAGGACAUUUACCAAGUAGUGUUGAAGUUGGAAUUGGCGUCAGUGGUAUGACCUAUAAGCCAGCGCGAAGUUUUGUCAGUCCACGACCGGAAACAUUAUUUCAAGAGGAUAUUGCCGAUCUCGUCAAAAGUCCCCAUAGUCUCAAGGAAAAGGAUAAAAUUUCAGUGAAACUCGAACCACUCACAGACUCUCGGUGCGAAUAGCAUAGCUAUCAAAAAAAUAGUCCCUUUUAAAACAGAGGUGAUUGCGAUGACCUUUAGAGGUAUAUACGAUAAAUAAGACUCAGGGUCGUUCGCGCGCUUCCGAAUCUCGAGGUCUCGCCAAUAAUGAUUCCCCCAAAAAAAAAAAGAUCAAAGAAGAUUGAGACCAGGAUCGAAAAUACCUUAUCCGAGAUUCCUGGCGCUUCUUUCGGAUAUAAAUAUAUACAUACGAGUGCUUAUAAUAAGUAAGAUAAUUAAUUAAGAGGGUAUUAUUUACGUAUACAAAUGAGGAAAAGCGUCGAUUACGAGGCGAGGCUAACAAUCAAAAGAUUUAAAAAUAAAUCAAGAGGACGAAAAGUAGCUUUUAGGAUAUACGACUUGUAAGUCCCGGUUCUUCUCGUCGCCAGGACUCGAUUAAAAAAAAAAAAGAAAACUCAAAGAAAAUUCGAGUCCCGGUGAUUGGCUGGCGAACGCCAAAAAAAAUCGCUCGCACCCACGUAUCGUUUUUUUUUUUUUACUUUUUUUUUUUUUAUUUUUAUUUUAGUAAAUACCGUAGAAACCUGGUUGCAUUGUCGCCUUAGAGCGCUGCACCACUUUCCAGUCUAGAUAAUCGUGUCGUGUCGAUGGACGCAUUAAAAAAAAAAAUAUGCAUAUAAAUGUAGAGCCGUCGCGAAAGUCGCGAGGUAAAAGCAAGUACUAUGUUAUUUAUACCUUACGCAUAUACGAUACUAUACGUUAAUGCCAAAUGUAUAAUAGUUUUUAAGAGUUCGCAAAAAAGACGAUUCACGGCUGACCGACGUCUUACUCAUUCAGUGAUACUGAGCAAAAAUGGCCUCAAUUGGGCCCUAUUCUAAGCCAGCUCGAGCAAAACGCUUUUAUUUUUUCAAACAAAAAAAAAAAAACAAACAAAAAUUUACCCACGGCCAUUGACUCUUCAUUAUUAACUUCCUUUAUAUAAAUUUUCAACAAUGUUAAACGAAUUGAUUUUUCAAAAAAAAAAUGCAUUUUACAAUAAAUAAUAAUAAAACAAUUUUUUUUAUACGUUAAGUAAAAUUAAAACUAAAAAUUAUUCUCUUCAAAUAGAUAAUAGAAUUUUAUUCAAAAAAUUGAAUUUAAAAAAUAUUAAAAAAAAAAAAUUCUUCUUUAUUUUUUAUAUUCAAAAAGUAAAAAAAAUGAAUUCAGUUUUACUAUGUUGAAAAUAAAUGACUAUUUUCUAUUUAACAUUCCUAAUAAUAUUUUUCAUUGAAAAUGAUAAAAUCCUUUUUUUUUGCAAUCUAAUCAAGAGAUUUCAGGAGUCUCCAAAGAAUGUCGAUAAAUAUUCCAAAGAAUUAUAAAUUCUAAGAAUUCCAAUUUUAAACGUAAUGCAUUUAAAACAAAAAGACGGUGGAACAUUCUUUGAAGUCUGAACUCUAUAAAAUCUUUGUGGAAAAUUAAUGGCUCGGAAGUUAUUAAUUUAGAGUGAAGAGCCUCUCAAAUUGUCGAUAUCACGGUAAAAGUUUUUGGGAUCCUUUCUUUAGAGUGACACGUGCCAAAUUGAAGAGACUCGAUGACGAAUUGUCGAUCGUCGCGAGGAAACUUUUUUUCGUUUUCUGGUGUUUUGAAAAGUCUUCCUGUAUUAUAGAAUACUCGCGUUAUAUUUUACGUUCGAGUGAUAGAGUGUAUGUGUGAGAGAGAGAGAGAGAGAGAGUGUGUGAGAGAAAAAGUUGUUGUCAGGAUAGGGUCCUUCGAAAAGAUGAGAUGCAAGGUGAAAUAUUGAAACUUUGUGUUUCUAGCUGUGAUGUAGAAAUGCAAAAAUCAAAAUCUAACAAAAUGCCUGUUUCUUUUUUUUUUUAAUUGUAAUAUAAUAUUUUUAAUAUAUUUUAAUCAAUAAUAAUUUUACCGAAAUAUCUCACCUUCAUUUCGAUAAAAGACUGUAGAGCAAAGUGAAAACAAUGUGGAUUGUAAACUCUUAUUCGUGUAGAAUAGAUUGUAAUAUUAUUGACUUAUUUUUAAGUCACACAAUAUCUAUCAAAUUUAGCAUUUUUAAGAUGCGAUUGUUAAAUAAGAAAGUAUACGAGUAUCUAAUACUUUUUUUAAACUGUUAGGAUUAAUUAUUUAGUAGCUAUGUGAUCACUGAAAGUUAGAAAUAUUCAUUUGUACUUUCAUUUUAGAUAAAAAAAGAAAAAAAGAAAAAAGAAAAAGUCGUCAAAACAAUUAGUACAAUUCUAAAUCCUUUUUGAAGGACUCCAAGCAGAACAAAUAUAACUAAAAGUAGAAUGAAAACCAGCUAUGAGAUUAUAAAAAAUAUUCAAAAAAAACAAAAAUCAAGGAAAAUUCCAAUCUUUAAUAUCGUACCAUUUAAAAUUCGUGCCAUGUUAACUUUUCAAAAAAAGGUAACUUGAAAAAUAGAAAAAACAAUUCUAUUUUUCAAUUAAUACCCCAAGGAAAAAAUAGUAAACUUUUAAUGAUUCGUGAAAAAAUAAUAAAAUUUAAAUGGUUCGUAAAAGAAUGGGUAAAAUUUUAGAAAACUAUAAAAAAAAAAAAAUUGUAUCGACUUUAAGAAUAUUAAAGGGAAAAUGAAAACUAUUUUCAUUCUCCCCCAAAUAAAAAAAAAAAUAAAAUAAAAUAAAAAUCAACAGGAAGGGAAAUUAGAAUAAUAAAAAAAGAGAUAUUUUCCAGAAGAAGUAUUUUUUAACGAAACUUUUAAAUCCAGAACUUAAAUUAAAAUUUUUGUUUAUUAUUCUCUUUUUUUAAACACUCUCAUGAAAAAAAAAAAUGCUGGGAGUUUUUUUUCGCAGAAAAAGUUUUGGAUUUAAAAACAAAAAAAAAAGAAAGAGAAUAGCUGGUUUUUUUUUUUAAAAGAAGGGUUUAUGAUUUAAAGAAAACUUCUUUAAAGUGUGCGUAUAACGUGUUUUCAAGCUGCUGAAACGCUUUUCGCUUUGCGAGAGCGACCGUUAAAAAAAAAAAAGUUUUUUACAAAGGCCAGCGUUUUCUAGUCAACGACGGAACGCGCACACGAGUGCGCGCGCCAUCGGCACGUGUAACUUUCGAGAAAGGUUCAGAUAAAUAGAAUAUAGGAUUGCUCUUUUAUUAUUCACACAGGGCAGAUGUGUGCACUAAAAAAAACCAUCAAUUCCAAAUAUGCACUGUGAAAGAUUAUUUUUGUGAUUUCUCAAAGAGCAAUAAUAAUUGACGAUUAUAUAAAUGAGCUGUCACCGCUGCUACCGCUACCGAUACUUAAAAUACGAAACAAAAAAAAAGUGAAAAGAGGCGCAAAAAUAUAAAUGUACAAAAUUAACUAAAUUAUGAUGAACAGAAAGACAAUUGGACGGCGACAAAAAAAUAAAAAUAAAAAUGUAACAAAGGCGUUAGCGGCGAAAAAAAGAAAGAGAGAGAGAGAGAGAGAUCGCUGUAAGUUAUUAAGUGUAAUGAUUGCCUUCCUGCCAUAUUUGGGGUAUGCCAAGUAUAAAAAUUCUAAGGUUUAGGGAUUAGAAACAAAAGCAAAUUUAAGACAAAAAAAAAAAAACUAUGAGUGUGGAUUUGCACGGGAGAGAAUGCGUGUCAAACUUGUGCUUUUUUGAGGAAAGUGUGACCGAUUAUGAGAGGCUAAGAGAUGAUUGAAAACGUGUGUGUUUCUUUUCGAAAGAUCGUGCUAUUUUUCAAAAUUUUUGUACACCGCCAAUUUCGAUCUAGGAUUCCCCGUUCGAGAAUCUUUCGAUCUUCCGGAGAUCGCACGCGAACACACGAGAGGCCUUUGCCCAUCAAUCUUGCUACUUCCUAUAACAAUUUUCCCUAUGCGUGAAUCAAAUUCAAAAAAAAAUCCAACUUCAUUCUUUUUUUUUUUUUUUUAAUUUAGAAAAACCACCCUAGUCUUCAUGCCUAAUUUAGUUUUAAUUUGCGAUUUAUUUUUUCAUUUUAAUUAGUUUCUCAAAUAAUGAAAAUUCGCAUUUAAUUAAAGAAUAUAAUUUUAAAUAUUCGUUACCGCAAUAUUAAUUAUGAAUAUAUUAAUUAUGAGAAUAUGAAUUAUAAAAAUAUUAAUUAUGAGAAUUUUAAAAAUAUUAUUUAUAAAUCGUCAUCUUUUUUCAGAAUUUUUAAAUUUAUUUAUAAAAAUAUUAAUUAUGUACUUUCUUCAACAGUACACUUUAUUAAUUAUUUAUGAAGAAACUAAUUAUAAAUAUGUAUAUAUGAUUUAUUAGUAUAAUAUUAAUAAUUUUUUUAAAAAGAUUUUUUCUCAAAUUUUAAUAAGAGAAUUGUUUUAUUAUUUUUCUUUAUUUAUGGAACAAUUUUUAUUAUUUUAAAAUAUGUUACGGAAUUUUUUUUCAAAUAUUUUAAAGCAAUUUUAUUAUUUUUCAAACUUUCAUUCAUUAAAAAAAGUUCAAAAAUAAUUUUCUUUUUUUUUUCUUAAAAAAAAAUGAUACAGAUCAUUAAUGAUACGAAAUAAUGAGGAAAAAUGUUUAAUUUGGCAAGGUUGUCGCGUACUAAUUAAUGAAAAUAAAUCGCGUUAAUCUACGGAUUAUCAUCAUGCGAUGUCUAGAUCUUUUUUUCGCGCUUUUAAUGUCGGUCUCUGAUUCCGGAGCUCUUGUACGUUUAAUGACGAAAAAAUAAAAUUCGAAGUGGCCUUCGCAAGAGUUGAGAAAGAUGAGGAAAAGGCAAAAAAAAAAAAAAAAAAAAACGCAGCGUUUGUCGCUUCGACUCGAGCGCGCGAUACGAGAUUAAUAAUUUUUGUUCGUUAUCGUCAUAUUUUGUCACAGUGAAAAGGGAAAAAAAAGAAUAUUCUUGAUACAAAUGUUUUUUGUGCGACAAAAAAAAAUGAAAAUUCAUCUAGUAGUGCGAGCGAGUGAAAGAAAACAAAAGAUAAAAUUUUGCAGAAAAGUUUCGUCAAAAUUUAAAAGACAGAAUCGUUCAAACUAGCCGUGACGUUGUAAAAACAAAAAAUGAAAAAAAAAAAAGAAACUAAGUGAGACUCUAGGACUGUUUUUUGGCGUUUUUAAACGUAUAGUGUACCUAUUAUUAAUCUAUUUUUCAUUUCUGAUCUAUAAGGACUUACAAAUCUCGGCUGAAGGUAUUUUACGAUUUAGGCAUAUAUAAUGUGUUCAAAAGAAUAAAAAGCGAAAGUUAAAUUUUGCGAGCGGCAAAACUAAGUAGAAGUUUUUUAAAAAAUAAAAAAUGUGUACGGCUAAGUUUAUAGUGAGAGAAAGAUAGCGCGCGAGAGCGAAAGAGGACGAGAGUUUAAAUUAAAUAUUGUAUAAAGAAAUGAAAAAAAGUAGAAAGUGCCUUCCAAACGAAAAAAAAAAAAUUUUAAAAAAAGAGUCCCGUAGAUCGUGACCAUUUGUACAUGAAAGAAAGCGUUCAAAAUUUUCGUGUUAGAAUAUGAGUAUUAAUUUUUGUUCAUUCAAUUGCGAACUUGAAUGUUUAUUAUACUUUUUUUGUUAUAUAUGUAUAAAAAAUUCAGAGUUUUAUAAAAAAACAAAAAGAAAAGUGAGACUUUUUUUACGAGUGUUUUUGGAAAGUAUGCAAAAUUACUCUAUUUUUUUAUUAUCGAAGAAAUCAAGUUCGCAAGAGAUUGAUAAAAAAAAAUCUUGAAUGAAUGUCUCGAAUGGAUGAUAAUAAAAAAAGUCACGCUUGACUUAAUUUCAUAUUUCAAAUUCAAACCGUAACUCAAAAGAGAUUUCAAACUAAAAACAAAUGAAAUUUCAAAAAAAUUCACAAAACAAAAUACGGAAAUUUGAAAUUUAGUCGAGGAGGUGACGUCCGACAAAAUUUCAGUUUUGGAUAUCCACACCGGUAAUACCCUGAAUGGCAUGUCUUUUAAAAGAGGUACUUUUUAAUUUCGAACAAAGGAGAGGAAGAGUAAAAGAAAAAAAAAAGUAAAUAAGAGUGUAGCGGAUGCUUUGAGAAUUUCGUUUUCACAAUUUUUUGAUAUAACUGUGAAGAGGAAAAAAAAAAACCUAUAUAUUACAUACCUAAGAAAUAAGUGAACAAAAAAAAAGUAUCUAAUGCGCUAUUAUUGAUAGAAGAUACGGAAAAAAAUAUAUAUAUUGAAGUAUAAAUAUAUAUAUUAUAUAAAUUGAUAUAUAUAUAGGUAUAUUGAAAAAGGGGUUUACUGCUGGGUGCGUAAAAUUGAAAAAAAAAAAAUUUUUUUAUCUCAAAAGAAUGAGAAGGCAAACAAAAAACCAAAAAAACAACAGCAGUUUGUAGAAUUUCUAUCCCAUACUGAUCGCGGAACAAUAAAAAUUCUUUUUAUCAUCGUACGAGCGAUUCCUUUCUUUUUUACGUAGAAUUUAGUUGAUAUAGUGAGAGAUUAUAAGUCGUCCGAAAUAUAGGCAAAGAAUUAAAAAAAAAAAAAAUAAUAAUUAAAACAAAACAAGUUUUUUCGAACAAAUUCAGUGACCGUUUUUUUUUUUUGUUUUCAUUUUCGAAAAUAGCGAAAAAAAAGAGAGACAACCCCGCAAGGUAGGCGAACCAAACAGAGCGAAUCAUCUUGAAUUUUUCUCUAGUGGCAAAACGAAUCAUAAAAGAAAAAAAAAAAUGAGAAUUGUAUAACAAGAGAAUAAAAAGUAGCCAUGUACCACAAUUUUUGCAUCAUAGUUUACAGAAAUAAAAAUCAAGGCGAGUCUAAUCGCAAGGAAAAGAAUUCGAAGAGCGGUUAAAAGAAAAUUGUACAUUAGAAGGUAUCGCUCUUUGUAAGAAUCACACACAAGGAACGCACAGCGAACGCGUGAGAACAAAAAAAAAAAAAAAAAAAUGCCAGAGAAUGUAAUUUUUAAUUUUGGUCUAAAAUUUGCCAAAAUAAUAAUAAUAAUAAUAAGAAAAUCAAUUCUUAAGAAUGACUUUUUUUCAAAAAAAAGAGCAUUUAAAAAAAAGCGCUACCAUUUCGAAAAAAUUUCGAAAUAGACGCGUUUUUGAAAAAUAAUUCGUUUAAUGAGAAUUUUUCAAAUAAACGCGCUCACUUCGGAAAUUUUUUAAUCGAAAUGAGCGCGUUUAUUUGAAAUUAAAAAGGGAAUGGUGCAAUUUUAACAUUCGCUGGCAUUUCUCACGCGAACUCGCACCUGAUUACGUUUAUUCAUAUUAUUGUAAAUAGAGAGAAUGUACGGCAUUGUUCGUUGUGUUGGCGCACGUGUAACAUAUUUAUUAUUAUUAUUAUUAUUAUUAAUUAAUUAAUUAAUUAAUUAUUAUUUUAUUAUUUUCGACAUCGUUCGCCCCUCGAUUGAUUCUGCGAACGUCGACGUUGUUAGUGAGUUCAAUUCUGUUACUAUUAUUUAUUUCGACGCCCUUUUUUUUUUAUAUAGAAGAAAAAGGAAUAACGAGGCACCCGCCCGGCUGUGAAUAAUUGUAUAAUACCAAAAAUGGAAGCUUUUUUUUUAAGAAAAAAAAAAAAAAAAAAAAAUGAAAAAAAACACGCGGCUGGUGUCUCUUAGGAAUUUAUAGUUGCAAUAUUUUGCAGAACUUGAAUGUAAAUCGCGCGACAAUCGAAAUUGAAUUGUUGGCGUAGAUAAAUUCUAUGUUAAUUUGUACUUUUUCCUCGUCCCCCCAAUUUAUUUUUUAAGUUUAGAUUUUUAUUUUCUUCGAUGAGAAGAUUGUCCUCUUUCAGACUUGAGUAGAUAGCCCAAUUUGUUAUUUUAUUGAGCGUAUAUGAAUAUAUAAAUUUUUUUUUUUUUUUUUUUUUUUUUUUAUUUUAAAUGAAGAGAAAAAUGAAAAAACAAAAAAAGCAAUUAGCAUCGAUGCGCAGACAACCGCCACCCGUUGAUUCUUUUAUUUAUUAUACCGACUCUAGUUCUUAAGGUGACGUUCAACCGAAUAUAAAUAAAAAUAUAAAAUAAAUAUAAAAAAUAAUAUUCAACCUACCUACAGACCCGUGCGUGCACGGAGGAACAAAACAGAAUCACGCAAUCAUACAUUUAAGUUGCUACUUGGCACGUAUUCCUAAGUAAUAUACUAACAUAAACAGUAUGCAAUAAUAAUAAAUAUGAAAAAAAAAAUAAA